GCUUGCUUUUUUCCCGCAGUGGAACAGACGCCUUUGGUGACGAGCAGACUCAGGGGCAGCUCACGAUGGCCAUGACAGCUCAUCGAGAAAGUGCGCUUUGUCGACAUCUCACACCCCUACAAGGUUUAGCCAGGGCUAUUUCUGGACGACCAAGGUGGACAUCGUCCAAACGGAUGCUCCUGCAUCAACUCAGAACUACCCUCGUGCAUUUGAGUCUUUUGGCUUAGUAGACUUGCAAUAAAUCCACACUGAUAAACAUUCAGACAAUAGUCAACCAUAUGAUGAAGGUAGAUUUUAACUGAAUGGUAGAGCUGAAUUCCCAAGACUAAAUAAAUAAUUACAAUUAAUAAAAUGUCAGAUUUGGUCAAUGUGUUGAAAAUGUAUUCUGUUAAAAAUGUAUCAUAAAUAAAUUAGCCCAGUGUAAAUUCAGAAAUGGUUCCAGAUGGAAAUGCUGCAAAGAUUCAAGAUUCAGAAAUCAUUAAUUUUUCUCAUCAAAUUUGUAAUCCCAGGCAACUCCACUGAAGAGAGAGAGAGAGUGAGAGAGAGAGAGCGAGAGAGAGCGAGAGAGGUCAUUUCUCCUAAGUGGACUAAAGUUUCUCUGAUUGUUCUGUGUUUCUCUCUUGUGUUUGCUCUCGGAGGUCUCUGCACUCUCGGGGUGAUUUAUAAUCAUAAACUUGCUGAUUUCAAAUCACUGAAUGAGCAGAACAUCAUGAUUUCAGAGACACUGGCGGCUCAAGAGAUCAACAGCACAGCCAUGAAGAAAGAGUUUAAUGAUCUUACAGCCAGAUACGACACACUUAGAGAAUGGCUGUCCUUUUAUGAUGCUCAGUAUUGUAAUUUCUCUGUGAAUGGCUGGAUUGCUUGUCGUGGAAAGCUGUAUUUAUUCAGCUCUGAUAAACUGAGCUGGUCGAGCAGUCGAGAUGUCUGUGUUUCAAAAGGAGCCGAUCUGGUGACCAUAACCAGCAAAUCAGAACAGGCAACUGGAUGCCUCUCGCUUGUACGGAUUGCCAAAGUCCUGGGCACAGAGGACCUCUACGACUACAUCGACAAAUACAACAUCGAGCUCGACCCACGGUUCAACGACAUUUUGGGAAGACAUUCCCGGAAAAGGUGGGAACGGUUUGUCCACAGUGAGAACCAGCACCUGGUCAGUACCGAAGCGUUGGACUUCCUGGACAAACUGUUGCGCUACGACCACCAAGCUCGCCUCACCGCCCGCGAGGCCAUGGAGCACCCUUAUUUCUAUCCCAUUGUGAAGGAACAGGCGAGGAUUGGCUCCACUUCAGGCCUGUCCGCUGGAUCCACUCCUGUCAGCACGUCCAGUAUGAUCACAGGAGGCGUCACAUCCAUGUCCUCGUCCCAGCCGAUGGCCAACAUCGCCGGCUCUCCGGUCAUCUCGUCUCCCAGUGCUCUCGCCACACAGAUUCCUGCGGCCGCCGGUGCGAUGCCCUGAACACACACACACACACUCGCUCUCUCUGCCCUGGGCCACAGUUUUAUGUUGAGUGUAAACAAACUAAAGAGAGACUAAACUAGGUUUCUUUUUUUUCUUCCUUUUUUCUUUUUCCAUACAAUAAUUAUAUAUUGAAGCUGGGACACACAGUUGUUAUGUUGCAUCGGUGUCCGGCAGUCUUUCCUGAUGAUGAUGAUGAUGGUGUCUAUAUAGAAGCCACUACAGUGUAGAAAUUCAGAAAAUGGAUAAUAAAAUUUAUUUUAUAUGUCCCUA